AGCAUAAUGCAGGGUUAACAAUAAUACAAACAUGGCAGCGCAUCUGCAAAACAAAUUGAAUGAGGACCAGUGUCGUCGUGCCCUUAACAGGGCUCACAAGAAGAUCGUUACAGAGAUGGAUCCGGAUAUGGUUCUGGUUGCACUGAAAAAGUGUGGAUUUCUCAAGCAAGAGGAAUAUGAUGACUUGAUGAACCUUCUUACCAUACCAAUGAAAUGUCGCCUCCUAAUCAGUAAGAUCAGUCAGAGUGGCGACAAGGCGUACUAUGUUUUCAAGAAAAGCCUCAGUGAUACCAAACAUGACAGCUUGGUUAAAGAGCUGGAGGAAAAAGAGAAAGAGCUGAUAUACGAGAGUUCCAGAUAUAAAUCAUUGACAGAUGAGCGACUGCGAGUGCAGAAGAUUGAGGAGAUUAGGCGUGCCAGUUCCCAAGGGACAGGGAUGUCCGUGGAUGCUAAUGUAGAUCGAACCCCUUCAGAAAAGGAGUUAGUCGGUAUUGCAAACACAAUUGGCAAUGGAUGGGAAUUGUUAGCGGCAUGUCUGAACGUUUCUUCUGCAACAGUUGAUCAGAUUAAGGCAGAUUAUCAUCGACAUGUUGAACGUGUGUUUCAAAUGUUUCUGCUCUGGAGAAGACGUAAUACAUACAGUGCAACCCUUAGAAUGUUACUGAAGCACAUGCGAGAUUGUGAGGCAGUGGUGGUCGAUUGGGAAGGCUUGCGAACUUGUCUUGGAUUUGGAAUAGAAGUGAUUGAUGCCUUAAAUGACGGGGCACUAAACAGGAUCCAGGCUGCGUUUGGAGUUCCAAUCUUGAGAACACCGCAGCUCCAGGAACCAGCUUUGCAGAAUAGUGUGCUUCUUAAAUUAUGUCGCGAUGAAACUAUAACAAAAACAAUUAAGAAGGACCUUCACGACGGGCGACUCAUUGAGCUGAACAAGGAGAUAGUCGAUGAGUUGAGACAUCCGGAUGUCAGUUAUCUUAAUACGAAACUGAGAGGAGCGUUUGGUACGGUGUACAUCUCCAAAGAAAAUGUUCCGGCAUUCAACAUGAGAGUUGUCCUCAAGGAAAUCAAUCUGGAGAAGCAAGCAGGGAAUCUAACGCAAAAAUUGGGAUCAAUUACUAACGAAAAGAUUGCGUCCCGUUUGAUGCAUUUUGGAAUUGUACCUCUGCUAGCAUAUUUCGAUGACCACAAGAAUGAGAAGUACUACUUCGUAUCACCAUAUUUCGAAAAUGGCGACUUGUUUCAUGCCAUAAAAGAGGACAAUGACAGAUUGUUUAAAAAGAUUGAUAUCAAAAUGAAUUGGGAAAAAAGAUUGAAAAUUAUGUACCAGAUCGCAUGCGCAAUAGACUAUAUGCACUCGGGUAAUAAAUUCAGAGGUAAAAUAUUACACAUGGACAUUAAAUCCAACAACAUUGUUCUGGAUGCCGAGUUCAAUGCGAGGUUGAUUGACUUUGGACUGGCGAGAGAGUUGAAAGAAGGCGAUGAGUCCUUGUUGAUGACCGUCACUACUGUAGGGACUCCUGGAUACUAUCCAACUGUUCAACACAAUCUUCUCACGAAGCAGCACGAUUAUCACAACUUCGGAGUUGUUAUGCUCGAGCUGAUAACCGGUGUAGAUCCUACCGAACACGAAUAUGGGAUACCGUUAAGAAAAUGGCACAAAAGUCUUGUUUUGGAAAAAAAACUGGAAACAGUUUGGAAUGUGCAUGGUGUUUUAGAAAAAGCUGUUGAUCUAGCGAUCAGAUGUAUUGAAAGCAUAGAUACCAAAAACUCUUCCGGGCUAACAUCAACACAAAUAGCAGCAGAAUUACAGCGGAAGUGCAUAAGGAACUCAGUUGAGAUAUGGGAAGCCAUACCGGGGGACAAUUGUGAAAUCUGUCUGGUGAACAAAUCAAUUACAGUUGGAUUUGAUAGACGCGACCCUGAUUUGGAAUGUAAAACUGCAUGUACUAAAAGAAUCCGUACGUGUUGUUCAUGUAUGAGGAACUCGUUUAUCAAUCCAGUCAAAUGUCACACAUGUGGAAGUACAAUCGAACCCUUCUUCAAUUCCAAAUGGGGUGCUAUUUUAGUAGCUGGAUAUGAUAAACAGUUUGGUAAAGUAUUUGAAGGCGAUAUCAACAAAUUUAGAGAAGUUAUAACAUCGAAGUUUCUGCCGGCAAUGUGUUUGAAUCCAGAAAAUGUGAUAGUUAUUCUGGGAGAACAAGAUAGUCCAUCCUUCAAGGACAAAUUAAACGAAUCGUUCGAACAGCUGCGCCAAAAGGAUAUCAAGACACUGCUUUUUGUUUAUUCGGGACACAACACGGAAGCCGGUGGUCUUGCUGUUAGAGAAAAUGAGUGUUAUACAAUUGAUGAACUAAGCAAGAAAGUAAAUACUUGGAAAGAAGAAUGCGCAUCCUUCGAAAAGCUGAUAACUAUUUUGGACUGUUGUCAUGCGAAGAAACUGAAUGUAAUCGAUUCUUUAAAGAUGAUUCAACUGAAUGCGACCGACCAGUAUACUGAAGCAGUUGCAAGCCGUAAAGACGGAAGCAACUUCAUACAGUAUAUUAUACAGGUAUUCACAGCAAGUGCUAAUGGAGGAAAAUGCAAGUUUAAUGGAUGCAACUGUAUGAGCAACCUCGAUGAAGAUUUUAUUACUCUUGAUGAUUUUCUCCGUUGUUUGAAGGAUCAUGUUAGAAAUAAACAUUUGAAUGAAAAAAAAGAGUAUGCAUAUGCAGAACCACAUACAAAUAUGCAAAAUAUUGACAGGAAGGAUACUGUAUUAGCAUAUAACUACAACUUUGCAGUCGAGAUACAGUUUUCUUUAGAGUGGCCUGGAUUACCCGAACCAAGGACAAUAUCGGUGUUUCCAAAAGACUUAGAAAAAUUUGAAGGUCUGAAAACACAUUUAGCUGCCGAAGUUAUAAGUGAGUGUUACCGCUUUCGUAUCGCUUAUGAUGUUAAGGCACGUUUUCUUUUUUCACAUUAG